GUCUGCCAAUAGAGCGCACCGUGUUAGGGGUAGAGACAGAGAUAACAGCGAAGGAAACGACAAUUUUGUUUUCCUAUCGGAGUAAAGAGACUGUUAUUGGAAAGGGAUAUUGUUUUCACUAGCGCUAAGGACAAAGAAUAAUGGCAAAAUUAGAUAUUCACCAAGUGCUUCUAAUACUCGUCGUCCAAGUCAUCAUACUCCAUACAACGACGGGAUUUCUCUACAAAGACCAAGUCAUAAGAUUGGGAAAGAAAUCUGCCGCAGCCCGCCAUUAUGCGCCAAAGAACCAAUUUAGUUUCUUCGACACAGACGGCAAUGGUAGAAUAUCCUUGGAAGAAUUCCAACGUAUACCCCAGUUUAGAUUCUCGACAUUAAGCGAUUCUUACAAAAGAGCAGAUUUGGACGGUGACGGAGAACUCAACGAUUUUGAAUUCUUUUCGAAGAUGGCAAAAAUACGGUAUGCUGCUCAGCGCACAGUGUAAUUGGGAAAAAACUUGACAAUGACUGUAAUGGACGGGAUUCAAUGCAGGCUUCAAACCAUCCCCCCUCUUACAGGUGAACAGUGCCCAACAGAAAUGGUUUGAACAAUAUUACAUGUACAUAUUACUCAUUUUUAUAUGUAUAUAUAUAUAUCCAACACAAGUGCACUAAUUGCGUGGAAGUGCAAAUUAGUUCAUUAACGUACUAAAAAUCGGGUAAGGUGUACCACAAUUGGCUUAUUUUUAGAUCAGCCUGUGAAGUAAUAUACAACGUACACUAGGUGGUGUAAAAAUAAUGACAAACUCUCAAACUCCAAUGUCAGUACAGGAAAACAGGGGCCUGGGAAGCUGCACCUUCACCGAAGAUUGGUAUAUUUUUUGACAAUAAUUACGCAACCCAUUUGAUAUGCGAGUAGACACUUGCAUGAUACAUUGUAAUAACCCCACACUUCACGUCUCAAUAAUAUUUACCUCGUUAAAACCAACACAGUGCAUGAUGGAAUAUUAUUACAUAUUCGGUAUUAUAAU